UAGAAGAAAAAACAGAAAAUCCUUACAUUUCAGACUUUAAAGUAUAAAGACUAGCUAUAUAUACAUGCAUGUACAAACAGCAGCAGCCGCUUCAGCCCACAACAUGAUGUCAUUAUCACUCAUUCCAGAGGAAAGCAGGCUGCUAAGGCGCAAUGGCUUCAUAUCGAUGGCUCACAGGGAUCAAUACCAGGCUACUUUGAUAUCUCACUACCAGAAAAAGAGCCCAUAUCUGUGAAUGCUGGUGUGUAAUAACACCCUUUCCAUUUCAUAUUCACCCCCUUAAUGUGUUUCACGAAGGCAAAGCCAGGCUGAGGAGUGAGGAGAUGCGACUAGGUGAAGCCAGUAAUUUGGAUGAAUGCAUGUUCAUGGCUUUCUUCACGAGGUCGAUCACAGAUUCGCUGAUGCUGACAUAGAAGCUGCGUUUCAUUUGGCCGUGCUGCUACACUGUGUGUUAGUUUCCUUAAAAUGAAUGGACUCCAUCCCCAACCGGCACCGUGCUGCCUGCCAGAGGAGCACCACCUACUGCAUCAAAGUGGAGAGACCCAGCCAGAUGUUAUAUUUGAUGCUAGCAACAUGGCAUCAAAUAUCAAAAAUGCAACUGUGCAGACUAUCCAUGAAGCAAACAGGAUAGUUUGCAAAUUGAAGUCCAAAAAGGUGACUCUGAACUUCCAACACUUAGGCAAAGACAUAGCUCUUAAGAUGAUUGUGUUCAGCGACACCUCAUUUGGAAAUCUUUCAGAGGGUGGCACUCAAGGAGGACAUCUGAUUCUUCUAAUGGGGAAAAAUUGGAAGUUCUCACCCCUUACCUGGCAGUCUAAGAGAGUCAAAAGGAUUGUGCGGAGCAGAUUUGCGGGUGAAACACUGGCAUUGUCUGAUGGAAUGGACAAUGCUGUUUUUCCCGCCACACUGUUCUCAGAGCUAAUUACUGGUGAUACUGAACAUGCUCCACCAAUUAUCUGCAUCACGGACAAUCAUUCACUUAUGGAUGCUCUUCAAUCUACAAAGUCAGUCUCUGAGAAAAGACUUCGUUUGGAGAUAAGUAGCAUUAAAGAACUUGUCCAAGCACAGAAAAUUGAGCGAGUACUGUGGCACAACACAAAUAAACAGCUUGCAGACUGCCUUACCAAAAAGGAAGAACCAGCUUAUCAGUUACUUAAUGCAUUGAAUGAUGGACAAUGGAAGCUGGACUAAAAUAAAUAAAUAAAUAAAAAGGUCAUAAACAGGACUCUUGUUCAAAUGUCAUGUUAUGAGUCCUAUUGCAGAAAUGACAGGUUAAUCUAAAGGGGAGAUUAUUAUUAUUAUUAUUUUUCAUCUUAAAAGAAAAAGUGAAUUUGUUAAGUUCCAAACAUUAAGAAGUGUUCAUGUACAUGUUUAUAUGUAAAUGUUUACGAGUACAGUAUUCUGUUUAGGGUUUUAUUGUGAAAACACGGGUAGGUCGGGAAGUGGGGUGCGCAUGUUUGGUUGUGAAUAUGGCGGAAAAAGAAUAAAGUUCAACGUUGAGCAAAGAAAGUGUAUCGU